UAAUUAUUCAUCUAAGUCUGCUUUUUCCAAUCGCACCAUGAUGAGGAAACUCUAUAAGAAAGUCAAAAAUAAAGCACAUUCACAUAGACAGGGCGCAGGAGUAGUGGACGCUGGCAGCAAAGAUAAGACGGACGAUGCUGACCGCAGCCUUGCGACAGAAGCUGAGCGCCCUUCAACAGAAGUCCAUCGCGAUGAUAAAUCCUUUGAUGCCUCUCCUCCCGUUCAAAACCCUAUUGAUGAAGCAUUGAAGAAGCUUGAGACCCGAAAACCAUGGGAAGAAGCUUACAACGCUAUUCAAGAAAGCCAUCCGGAUUUAAUCAAUGCGUACACUCGGGCUUUACUUGAAUGGGGUGGCCAUACAGGAGAUAAGGCCCUGAACCAUAUUCAAGAGGCGCAAGCCCUUGCUCAGGAACAACUUGAAGUGUGGCAGUCGGAGCAAUUUCGCUUGUCAUUCAAUGGAAAGGACAUCAUUGUUGGAGAAUUGGCGAGAAAGGUUGUCGGAGUUGUGCUCUCUGUUAAAGAUGUGGUCUCUUCCGCCAUUUCAGCUGAUCCCCGUGCUGCGUUGGCCUGGGCCGGAGUUAUGGUUGCUCUCCCAGUGCUCGCAAACAUCUUGAAGCAGGACUCGGAUGCCAUGAGUGGAUUGGAUGACAUUUCUGCUCUGCUAGUUCGCUACCGCUAUGUGGAGGAAGACAAAUACUACCGAGCCGCCAUGACCUCAGCGACCUCGGUUGACAAGGUGAAUCUUCUUUUGCUCAUCCAAGACAAAUUCGUCGAUAUGUAUUCCCAGAUAUAUGUCUAUCAGCUCCGCCUCAUAAAGCAUUUUCGACAUCAUAGAGCCUCUAGAUAUUUCGAAAAUCUGAAGGACAGCCUCGGAGACGAAAAUUGGAGUACGAGCCUGAACAAGCUACAGACAACGAGGGAUAGCCUCGACCGCGACCUGGAAUCUGUCACAAACGGCAUGAUCUUUGAGAUUGGGAGCAAAGUCGAUAAGUUUUCGAAAAUGGUCGAGGAUAUCAAGAAGGAGUUGAGAAACCAGACACGUCUGAUGUCAGAGCAGAGAGAUCGAAUAUUGAGGGCUUUCAAGUACUCUGCCAUGGCCCCAUUCGAUUCAUACAAAAACGCUGAAGAGCCAAGAUGUCUAAAAGACACUCAAGUGGAGACGUUGGACAUGCUUCAGAAUUGGUGCAAGGGCGAUGGAAAUCCAGUGCUUUGGCUUCAUGGGAUGGCUGGAACGGGCAAGUCAACAAUUGCUCGGACUAUUGCAUGGGCGCUUCAGGACAGAGAGUGGCCAGAUGGCAGCCCUGUUGAUGCUACUAUCAGACUGGGGGGAAGUUUCUUUUUCAAUCAAUUUGAGCCGGAACGCAACAACAGCCAGUACCUUUUCCCAACCCUGACACAGUGCUUGGCGGAGUCCUUGCCGGACAUAAGGCAGUACAUUGUUGAUGCCAUUGAUCAGGAUGCGCGCAUCGAAGAAAAAGGACUUCGAGUACAAUGGGCUAACCUCAUUUCCGAGCCAUUGCAUAAGCUUACCAGUUCUUCACAGGCUCACUGGCGCUUCAUUAUGAUUGUUGAUAGCCUUGAUGAGUGUAGGGACCAAGACAAAGUUGCCACUGUGUUGAAACUGUUGGCCUCCAUAAGAGAUCUGCCAUCUGUCCGAUUCUUAAUCACCAGCCGCCCAGAAGCCCACAUUCGAUUUGCUAUUGAGAGCCUGCCGCCCGAACUGUACCUUUCUCAGCCACUUCAUAAGAUCUCACCUGAGAGUGAUGACAUCACUCGCUUUCUUGAAACAGACUUGAAAAGAAUCAGGGAAGAAUACAAAUCCACGAUGCCAGAGGGCUGGCCAGGUCAAGUGAAUAUCGAAAAGCUGAAGGAGAAGUCGGACGGACUUUUUGUGUAUGCUUCAACGUGUUGCCGGUUUCUGGAAGAUCCAUACUACUAUUCCUCCCGACUGGAUCAAAUCCUCAAAGACGAUAGCGAAGCUGAAACCCCCCAGGCGAAGUUGGACAACAUUUAUAUCAGGGUCAUAGAGAUGUCUCUAAAUGCGAGAUCCAGGAAAGAGCGGGAAAUCAUGAUCGAAGACUUCCGACUGAUUGUUGGGACUAUCAUGGUCAUAUUCAAGCCAGCCUCAGCUUCCACUUUAGAAACACUUUUGUUCUCUUCAUCCUUGAAGGAUAAGCGUAUCCAAAGAUGCGUUGAGCCCCUCAGAUCGCUUUUGGAUGUUCGGGCUGCAAAUGAUCCAAUUCGUCCAGUUCAUCUUUCUUUGCGCGACCUUUUGUUGAGUCGUGAGCGCUGCAAAAGCACCCCGGAGCUUUACAUCAAUCCUCAACAGCUGCACUUGAUCUUGUUUGAAAGAUGUAUGGAAACAAUGAAGAGCCUUAAGCAAAAUCUUUGUGACUUCGUACUUCCUGACUCAUCACCGUCAGAUGUUCCCUCGGAAAGACUGGAGAUUUUCCUACCAGCUGCAUUGUGUUACGCGUGUCGCUAUUGGAUCGAUCAUCUCAUCCAGCUGGGCAGGGAUGAGCAAAGUGAGUUGCUGAAUGAUAAUGGGGGCAUGAUUGGGGAUUUUCUUCGACAAAAGCUUCUCUUUUGGUUCGAAGCCUUGAGCCUCAUGGGUGAGCUUGAAGUUGGUGUUUUUCAACUCAGUUCUCUCCAGGACCUUGCUAGAGACUCUCAUCACUUCCCGCUUGUCAGAGAUGCGAGGAGAUUCUUACUUCACAAUCGGCAUAUUAUUGAGCAAGCACCUUUGCAGGUCUAUUCUUCUGCUCUCGUAUUCUGUCCAAUGAAAAGUCUCAUCAAAGAGAUUUAUUCACACCUCAUACCCUCAUGGGUGACACAACAACCCGUCAUGGACGAUGACUGGUCACGGGAGCUCUUUGUCAUUGAACCCGAAAAUAGAAACCCUGGAAAUAUUGUAUUCUCCCCAGAUGGAAGGACAGGUGCUUCGUCUUACAAUCAGGAUGGCAAUUAUUAUCUCAAGCUGUGGAACGCUCAAACAGGGAAGGUGAAGUAUCAAACAAAAAUAGGGCUAGAUUCUGGUGUUGAAUUCUCCCAAGAUGGAAGUCUAAUAGCGCAUGGGACUGAGGACGGAAGAGUCAGACUGUGGAAGUUUGAGACUGACGAAGAGUACUUUCUGGGUGAAGUGGGUAAAUACGAUAUCCAUCGUAUUGCUUUCUCCCCAGUUAGCGACUCUCUGAUAUUUUCCAGGGUGGAUUUCUCUGUUGAAGUCUGGAAUUAUCGCCUUCGUCAACAGAUUCAUGCACCUUCAACGCCUUUCUCGGACAAACCGGACAAACCGGGCACAAUCAAUGCCUUGGAGACAUUAGUGGUUGGAUUCUUGUUCAAUGAUGAGGCUGUGGUACUCUAUUCAGGUUAUUUGGGACAUACUUGGGAGAUCUACUUGCUUAAUGAAGUGGGCACAGAACUUGAGUGUAUUGAAGAGGGUGAGGGAUCUGCAGGUUCGAAAACUAACUUCUCCGUUUCGAGGAAUGGGCACCGAGUUCUCAUAUCGAAUCGGCAUCUGGUGGAAAUAUGGGAUGCCAAAACAGGACGACUGAGUACCAAACUGAUUGCUUCUGGCAAAACUCGUGAUUGUGAAUUAUGGGCAACGGCUUUAUUUGCCGACGGCCGCUUCUUUGCAACUUCCUCUCUGGACGGUACUGUUUGUGUCUGGGAUUCAGUUACUCAGACCCAAAUCUUAAGUUUCCGAUGCGACCAAGGCCCGCUCACAACAAUUGCUCUUUCCCACGAUGGAUCAUUAUUAGCAUCAUGCACCGGCGAUAGUGCACUUCGACUAUGGGACAUUGCAGUUGAUCGUCCCCACACUGAGCUCGCCAAACCUGAAGCCAAGAUGACUUACCCCUUUGGAAUUGAGGUCAUCACCAAUACUCAAAAUGCUACCAUGAUGUUACAGAAAACCGAGCUCGCCAAACCUGAAGCCAAGAUGACUUACCUUUUUGGAAUUGAGGUCAUCACCAAUACUCAAAAUGCUACCACGAUGUUACGGAAAGAAGACACGGGGAAAUGGGAAUUUGAGCGCACUGAUACUGAGGGGAAGGAUCCUCAAUAA